GUAAUAGGAAAGAAAUGCAUGAGAACCGACCACUAGAUGAUAUCAUAGAAGUUAAUGAAAAGACUGGUACAAACCCACCAGAUCGUCAACGGUUUGAAAAUGAUUUGGAGGGGUUCCACUCGGAAAUUCGAAAGAUUCGAUCUCAGAUCCAAAUGCGAUGCAAAACAUGCCUAGAUGCCAACCCACUUGAAAACGAGAUGAGAAACAAACGUAACCAACUCCGAGUUGAUCUUGCACAGUUGAAAGGAGACGGGGAUAAGAUCAAAGUGAACAUUGAUAGCCAGAGAACAAAGCAGUUGGAUUUGGAGCGCGAUUGCCGCAUCCGAAACAAAGAUCAUUUAGAUCGCCUGCUCCUGGAGCAUCAGGAACGAUACAAGCGGAACCUGUCGGCUCGCGAUGAACAGGCAUUAGUAACGGAAAUCGAUGCGUUGAAGAGAAAUAAAAAGUUGUUGGAGUCAUUGGCUGAAAUCACAUCUCAUCGUAAAGGAAUGGAUCAGGAAUUGGAGAAGAAUCGCAUACAGAAACACAAAGUCUACUUUGAACUCACUAGCUGCCAGAACCGAUUUAAGCAAAUGAAGCAAGAGCGGCGACACAUUGAAGAUGAGAUCCGGGACCUCAAGCAUCAACUACAAGGUGCAAAUUCCCGCCGCAAAUCUUUGAUAUCCACCUACGAGGAUGACAGAGAGGAAUACAAAAACUGGCUGAACGACAACAAACUGAACGGCAAUAGCGUGCCAAUGUCAUUCCCAAGCGCACGAAAAAUAAAAGCGCCAAUCGAUGUGGAGGAAUUGGAACCAUAUUACGAACAAAAACGGGAUUGCAAUCGUCUUAUCAAGUACUUAGAGCGUCUUCCAACAACUUUACAGAAAGAUGAAAUAGUCAAACCAGCAACAACUCAACCGCCAGCACUCAUCGAUGAUGACGAUGAUUCCGCCGAUGAGCUCCCACCACAACUAAUCAAGCUUAAUCAAAAAGUGGUUCCAGCUCCAAUUGUUAAGAGGAACUUCAAAAAACCAACGCAGCCACUUUCUCAUAACAUUGACAUCUACAAUCUUUUUGGAUCGGUCAAUGUGGACGUUCCGAAGGUCUAUGCCGACGUCGGGGCAGCCCUUAAAGCAGUGAAAGAGAAACUCGACUUCUACAACCAGCAAACCACCAACGAACUGGACUGGGGAGAGGAGCUAGGCGGGAUGGAAUUCCUAUCAGUCUCACGCACUGCAAGCGACAUGGACUCACACAUGGAUGACUCCAUUUCUGAUGUUGGGAGCAUGUCCAGCUUCUACCGAUCUUCUAGCAGAACGAGCUGUCCAUCACCACUCACAACUGACAACUCACCGAAACGAUUCGUGGCCCCACUGCCUCCACCGUCUGAGGUCAAAGACAGCCCAGUGUAGUUGAUAUUUGAGAAUUGAUGCCUUUACUACGUAUUGUAUUUAAAAAUUAAAAAUCUCCAUUUUGUGCUUGUAUUAUCGUUCCCUCGACCUUCCUUCAAAAUUUGUUUUCCGGGUUACCAUUUCCCCUUUCUUUCUGUUAUGUUCUAGGCUCUAUGAGUUGUUUUGAAAAUUGAAACUCUCUCUUAUUUUUCAUGCCAUAUAUUCAUUUAAUUUGAUACUCCUUAUUCACUUCCGAUCACCACCCACUUCCUCACAAGUAGAUCUAGUCUCGUAGUUUCUAGUGAUUAAUUUAAAUUUCACUUUGAUCAUUUUAUCAUACUACUUUGUUCCAUUUGUAUUGCUCAAAUGAUCCGGUAUUAUUUUUUUUUGUUAUUUUUCAUAACUUGUUCAAUUAAUCAUGUAAAUAGAUAUUCUGUAAA